AUGCGACUGGACAAAAUGCUGCCGAUUUUGAGGAUUAGAGGUUCAUCGCUUUUACCUCUUCCGCAAAUAGAACAUACCAGAAGGAGAAAAGCAAGUUGUUGUUGUAGUAGUUCAACAAGGACUACAUCGUGCUCAAGAACAUCAACAAGAACCUGCUCAAGAACAGUGUCGACCUUCAACUUCCUUUGCCACGCUUUCUAUUUACUGGGAGUACAUUUUCCUGGUGGGAAGAUUUUCGUACUACAACAUCUUGUUGCGGUAGAAGUGAGAGCGAGAAAGCCAGAUCGCAAAUCUAGGCUCCUCAAUCGCGAAGACAAUCCUGAAAAAAUCCUCCACAAGAUAGUUGGUGUGGAUGGGGAUCCGAACCUACUAACAGCAUCAUCAGUCGCUGUAGAUGGCGAUAUCAAGGUGGUUGGGGAUGCUCCAGAUCCAGAGAGAGAAGUAAAUGAUGGCGAGGAUGAAAGAGUAAGAGGACCACCUACGGAAGAGGACACGGAGCUUCCUGAGGAAGUCGACAGAGAC